CUCAAAUCACCUCAUAACCAAGCUGCACCGCAGCAACUAAACUUUAGUCAUCUCAUCAGGAGCUCGAUUAGGUGCUGAUCCAGUAUGGCGAAGAAGGCGCCGACGGCCCUAGCGGUUCUGGCUCUCGGGCUUUCGCUGCUAUGCGCCGCCAGCCCGUCCGCCGCGCAGAACUGCGGCUGCCAGUCAGACUACUGCUGCAGCCAGUUUGGCUACUGCGGCACGACCGAGCCCUACUGUGGCAAGGGGUGCCGGUCGGGCCCGUGCUGGGGUAGCAGCACCGGCGGCAGUGGCGCGAACGUGGCCAACGUCGUCACCGACGCGUUCUUCAACGGCAUCAAGAACCAGGCCGGGGCCGGAUGCGAGGGCAAGAACUUCUACACGCGGAGCGCGUUCCUGAACGCCGUGAACUCGUACUCCGGCUUCGCGCGUGGCGGCUCGGAGGUCGAGGGCAAGCGCGAGAUCGCCGCCUUCUUCGCCCACGUCACGCACGAGACCGGACAUUUCUGCUACAUCAGCGAGAUCAACAAGAACGACGCCUACUGCGACGCCAACAACAGGCAGUGGCCGUGCGUCCCGGGGAAGAAGUACUACGGGCGCGGCCCGCUGCAGAUCUCGUGGAACUACAACUACGGGCCUGCCGGGAGGGACAUCGGCUUCGACGGGCUCGGCAACCCGGACAGGGUGGCGCAGGACCCCGUGAUCGCGUUCAAGACGGCGCUCUGGUUCUGGAUGAACAACGUGCACCAAGUGAUGCCGCAGGGGUUCGGCGCCACGAUCAGGGCCAUCAACGGCGCCCUCGAGUGCAACGGGAGGAACCCCGACCAGAUGAACGCCCGGGUGCGCUACUACAGGCAGUACUGCAAGCAGCUCGGCGUCGACCCGGGGAACAACCUUACCUGCUAGAGGCGGUGUCGCCGUGUCGGGUUCAUGCAUGCUUGAGCGCUGUGCGUCGCGCACUCGUAAAGUAGUAGUGAUAAUAAAACGCAGGGGUGGACCUGUGUAU